GUCGCCACUGGACCGCGAGGACCGCUGAAGAAGAAGGGUGAGAGCGAAGAGGACAAGAUCGAGGACAUGUCUUCGGGAUCUCGUGGGUUGUUCACGACGGUUGAUCCGGAGGUGCGACGCAUCGUGCCCGAGGCGAAGGGUCGCGUCGUGGUCAAGGUGACGUACGUCGUUUUGGAGGCGCAGUACCAGUCCGCGCUGUCCGCGGCGGUGAAACAGAUUAAUGAAACCAACGACAAGGUGUGCGUCGAGGUUACCGGCUACUUGCUCGAGGAAUUGCGCAACGCCGAUAACUUGGCGGCGCUCAAGAAGGAUGUCGAGUCUUCAAACAUCUUCAUCGGUUCUCUCAUCUUUAUCGAAGAGCUCGCCGAGAAGAUUGUCGAAAUCGUGACGCCGUGCCGCGAAAACUUGGACGCGUGCUUGAUCUUCCCGUCCAUGCCGCAAGUCAUGCGCUUGAACAAGCUCGGCACGUUCUCCAUGGCGCAGCUCGGUCAGUCCAAGUCCGCCAUCGCCUCGUUCAUGCGCAAGAAGAAGGAAUCCGGCGGCUUUGAGGAGGGCAUGUUGAAGCUCGUCCGCACGUUGCCGAAGGUGUUGAAGUACUUGCCCUCGGACAAGGCUGCGGAUGCGCGCAACUUCAUGAACUCUUUGCAGUACUGGCUCGGCGGUUCCACGGACAACUUGGAGAACUUCUUGUUGAUGAUCUCCAAGGCGUACGUCCCCGAGCUCAAGGGCGUCGAGCUCACGGUGGCUGAGCCGGAAGUGUUCCCGGAUGUUGGCAUCUGGCACCCGUCCGCGCCGAUGUACUACGAGGACUUGAAGGAGUACCUCAACUGGUACGACACGCGCAAGGACAUCAAGUUCAAGGCGGACGCCCCGGUCAUCGGUCUCGUGCUCCAGCGCUCGCACUUGGUCACGGGCGACUCUGGUCACUACGACGGUAUGGUCAUGGAGCUCGAAGCCAAGGGUGCGAAGGUCGUCCCGAUCUUUGCCGGUGGCCUCGAUUUCUCCGGCCCGAUCGAGCAGUUCUUCUUUGACCCGAUCACCAAGGGUGCGUACGUCGACACCGUCUUGUCGUUGACUGGUUUCGCCCUCGUCGGCGGCCCGGCGCGUCAAGAUCACCCGAAGGCGAUUGAAUCCUUGAAGAAGCUCAACGUGCCGUACAUGGUCACCGUCCCGCUCUCUUUCCAAACCACCGAAGAGUGGAAGGAUUCCACGCUCGGUUUGCACCCGGUGCAAGUCGCGCUCCAAGUCGCGCUUCCGGAACUCGACGGCGGCCUCGAGCCGAUGAUCUUCUCCGGUCGCGAUUCCAAGUCUGGUAAGUCUCACACUCUCGAAGAUCGCGCGGCGCAAAUCGCGAACCGCGCCAUCAAGUGGGCUGGCCUUCGCAAGAAGACCGCCGCGGCCAAGAAGCUCGCGAUCACCGUCUUCUCUUUCCCGCCGGAUAAGGGCAACGUCGGUACCGCCGCGUACUUGAACGUCUUCGGUUCCAUCUACCGCGUGCUUCAAGGCUUGCGCCGCGAGGGCUACAACGUUGGUGUGCUCCCGUCCAGCGAGGAAGAGCUCAUCAACUCCGUUCUCAACGACAAGGAGGCGCAAUACGCGUCCCCGGACAUGAACGUCGCCUACCGCAUGCCGGUUGCCGAGUACCAAAAGCUCUGCCUCUACUCUGAGGACUUGCACGAGAACUGGGGCCCGCCGCCGGGCAACUUGAACACCGACGGCCAAAACUUGCUCGUGUACGGUAAGCAGUUCGGCAACGUUUUCAUCGGUGUCCAGCCGACGUUCGGCUACGAAGGUGAUCCCAUGCGAUUGUUGUUCUCCAAGUCUGCGUCGCCGCACCACGGCUUCGCGGCGUACUACACGUUCCUCGAGCACGUGUUCCAAGCCGACGCUGUCCUUCACUUCGGUACGCACGGUUCUCUCGAGUUCAUGCCGGGUAAGCAAGUCGGUAUGGCUGGUGUGUGCUACCCGGAUCGCUUGAUCGGUAACAUUCCGAACAUCUACUACUACGCGGCGAACAACCCCUCGGAGGCGACGAUUGCCAAGCGUCGCUCUUACGCGAACACCAUCUCGUACUUGACCCCGCCGGCUGAGAACGCUGGCUUGUACAAGGGCUUGAAGGAACUCAAGGAGUUGAUCUCUUCUUACCAAACGUUGAAGGAUUCCGGCCGUGGUCCGUCCAUCGUCAACACCAUCAUCUCCACCGCGAUCACGUGCAACUUGGACAAGGAUGUCGAGGAAAUCCCGACUGAUCCGGAGGCUGACGCCGCGAACUUUGAUGCCGACACCCGCGAUUUGAUCGUCGGUAAGGUGUACCAAAAGCUCAUGGAAAUCGAGUCUCGUCUUUUGCCGUGCGGUCUCCACGUCGUCGGAUGCCCGCCGUCCGCGGAGGAAGCCGUCGCCACGCUCGUGAACAUUGCGUCCAUCGACCGUGAAGACGAAAACAUCACCGCGCUCCCGGGUCUCCUCGCGAUGGCUGUCGGUCGCGAUAUCGAGAGCAUCUACAGAUCCAACGAUGCCGGUAACCUCGAGGACGUUCAGCUCUUGCAAGACAUCACCGAGGCGUGCCGCUCGUGCGUCCGCACGUUUGUCACGGCUGCCGCCGACCCGUCUGGUCGCGUCGCCGCGGGCGCGCUCGCGAGCGUCGGCAAGCUCUUCGGUAGCGCUGCCGUCGCGGUUCCGUGGGGUGAUGCCUUGAAGGGCACCAAGUUUGAAUCUGCUGAUGUCGAAAAGAUGCGCACUUUGUUCGAUUACUUGCGCUUCUGCCUCGAGCAAGUUGUCAAGGACAACGAGCUCGGCGCGCUCACCGAAGCCCUCGAAGGUCAAUACGUGCUUCCGGGUCCGGGUGGUGACCCGAUCCGUAACCCGAAGGUGUUGCCGACCGGUAAGAACAUUCACGCUCUUGACCCGCAAGCGAUCCCGACCGGUGCGGCUGUUGCCUCCGCCAAGGUUGUCGUCGAUCGUUUGAUUGAACGCGAGCGCGUCGAAAACGGUGGCAAGUACCCGGAGUCCAUCGCGCUCGUUCUGUGGGGUACGGACAACAUUAAGACGUACGGUGAAUCUUUGGCGCAAGUCAUGUUGAUGGUGGGUGUGCGACCUGCCCCCGAUGCGCUCGGUCGGGUGAACAAGCUCGAGCUUAUCAGUUUAGAAGAGCUCGGUCGCCCGCGCAUCGACGUCGUCGUCAACUGCUCUGGCGUCUUCCGCGAUUUGUUCGUCAACCAGAUGAACUUGUUGGACCGCGCCGUCAAGCUCGCCGCUGAGCAAGACGAACCGGAGGACAUGAACUUUGUCCGCAAGCACGCCGCUGAGCAAGCCGAGGAGCUUGGCUUGUCCAUUCGCGAGGCGGCGACGCGCAUCUUCUCCAACGCGUCUGGUUCCUACUCUUCCAACGUCAACCUCGCGGUUGAAAACUCUUCUUGGAACGACGAGAGCCAGCUCCAAGACAUGUACCUCAACCGUAAGUCUUUCGCGUUCAACUCUGAUGCUCCGGGUGCUGGCAUGGAAACGAGGAAGGAACUCUUCGAGUCUGCCUUGUCCAAGGUCGACGUCACCUUCCAAAACUUGGAUUCUUCCGAGAUUUCGCUCACCGACGUCAGCCACUACUUCGACUCUGAUCCGACCAAGCUCGUCGCCGGUGUGCGUAAGGACGGUAAGAUGCCGGCUUCUUACAUCGCCGAUACGACCACGGCCAACGCUCAAGUGCGCUCUUUGUCCGAGACGAUGCGUCUGGACUCCCGCACCAAGCUCUUGAACCCGAAGUGGUACGAAGGCAUGAUGGCGUCUGGCUACGAGGGUACUCGCGAGAUCCAAAAGCGUCUCAACAACACUCUCGGCUGGUCCGCCACGUCUGGUGCCGUCGACAACUGGGUGUACGAAGACGCCAACACGACCUUCAUGGCUGAUCCGGAGAUGCAAAAGCGCUUGAUGGAGUCCAACCCGAACUCGUUCCGCAAGAUGGUCGCCAACUUCUUGGAAGCCAACGGCAGAGGUUACUGGGAGACGUCCGAAGAGAACAUCGAUCGUUUGCGACAGCUCUAUAUGGAGGUCGAAGAUAAAAUCGAGGGCGUCGACAACGCGUGA